AUGGAUUCUUCCGCGAGAUUGACUGCGUAUACGAUCCGGUACGUUCUUUCGCCGAGAGAGUAUCGGAAACUGGUUGCGAGAUUGAAUACAAAUGUGACACGAAUUUUGCCUGCUCCAGAGAAGAUUGAUGCGUCUGCUGUGAGGUCGGGUGACGGGGUUCAGUCGAUUGUACGGUCUCAAUCAAGACUUUUUGCUGCUUCGUACGGUUUAUUAGGACUGAUUAAUGCCUUUAUUCUUAAACGAAGGGGACUUAAUAUCCCUGCUUUGCGAAUAGCCACUUCGUUAACUGCUAUCUCGGGUAUAUAUAAAGUCCUUUAUCGCGUUCUGACACUUCUUUUACAACGAACAGGCAUUUUACCUCGUCAUGGACUUUCUGCUAAGACGACAGGUUCAUCUACAAAGUCUCGAGUAGACAGUUCUCCGUCUCCUGGCACCACUGAUGAUCCUGAAUCGACUUGUUCGGAUGCUGGAUAUCUUGAUAACAGCUAUAAAAUCACCAAACUGCUUGUUCGAGCAGGAUACUUCACAAAGAGAACACUCAAGAAAACUAAACAUCUGCCGCCUCUUCUACCUGCUUUGUUAAGUGGAUUAGUAGCAGGCUCGGCAUUCGCGCUUUUCCCUGAAUCUGCUCAGGGAUAUGCUGCUAUCUACCUAUCAACUCGCACUCUCGAGUUUGUAUACAACUAUCUUGAUGAUAUGGGAUAUUUGGAGUUCAAACCCCGUAUUCUCAAGUCUUGGGCUAUAUUCCCAUUUGCGUUCAGUCAGCUCUUUUACACGUUUAUUUUCCAUCCUGACGCUUGUCCUAAUAUCUUCAGACGGAUAAUGUUGCGACUGUCUGAUGGAUAUAUCCCUACAAAACCCACUGGCUAUCCCAUUGACCGGCCAUGGCCCAACCCUGACCAGGUUGUCGACGGCAUUGCUACUAUUGCUCGAGCCAGGUACCCGAAAUUCGUCAGUCCCAUUCUAUUCCCCAAUCUCGAUACUACAGUACCUGGUCUUGAAUCUGCUGAACCUGUGCUCUCAUUAGCCCAUCCCGCUAUGAGUACCUUGACUGGAGCAUUAAGCCAUCCUACUCAACCCUCGGAGUUCCGCACUUAUACUGAACUUGUUCUCAGCAAGUACUCGUCUAUCUAUAAAUACGUCUUUGGAGCGUAUGUAGUACUUGGUCUGUUGAAAUGGAGAGCCCACUCAAAAGCUUCUUCAAAGACAUCUGAAAAGAACAAGCUAUCUUCUACUGACAAAGCAAGCAAGAAAGCUGCUCCUUCACUUCCCGGAAUCCUGUUGUCAUCAGUUGCCAACACCGCUCGAACCACCACUUUUAUUGUCAUGACGGCUGCCUCGUCGUGGUAUGGUAUCGGUCUCAGUCAACAAGUUCUCAAUAACAAGUUUAUUCCCGUGCUUCGAUUCCGAAUCAUCGGGUUCCUGGCCGGUCUAUGGGCCUUUGCUGACCAAGUCAACGGCCGUGCAAGAUACAUGUUCGCAGUCCGACUUGCUCUCCGCUCGCAAUGGAAUGUCCUCAGCAAAGACCGCCGUUAUGCCCCUCUCCUGAAAAAUGGUGCUGCCGCUCUCUUUGCCCUCUCCUUUGCCGUUCUCAUGGCCAUCUUCGACCUGUCCCCCAAAUCCAUCCCCGGCCCCUCACUCCGCAAGACUCUCAACUGGAUCAAAACAAACCAGUACACCGACGUCACCGCGGAAAAGGAAAAGGAUAUAUAA